CAGAAGAAGCUCACAGAGUAAAUUAUAACAUGUUCUUCCAAUAACAUUAAUGCCAUUGUAUGGGAUAAGUCAUACAAAAUCAACCACUCCAUGUUCACCUUCACCAGUAUUGCUUAUACAGAGAAUUCCAGAGCUUCUGAUACCUGCAAUGUCCAACAAGUCUGGCUUUGAGCUUUUCUAACAUCUUAAGGCUAGAUGAUAAUUAAAGUAAGCUUUCUGGCUGCAGCUACAAUUGCAGCAUAUGCAGUUUCACACAAAAACAGGUGCAAUUCCAUCAAGAACCAAUCCACCAUUAUCAACCCUCCAGAGAAUGAUGACUCAAACUUCCAUCAACAACAAAUUGAAGGAGAGAUGGAAGAUGAGAAGAAGUCUGAAAUUAUUAGAAGCAAAGAAUUGAAAAGGGUGAAUGAAAUAGAAGUGUUACAUAAUCUAGUGAGGGAGGUGCAGCAGAGGAAGCUGAGUCUUGAGAGGAAAUUGGUAGAGCUAUGUGAGCUACGAGAAGAGAGAUCUUUUAUGUCUCACUUGCAAAGGCAUCUAGACAACAAGUCGUUGGAGAUUGAAAUGCUCAAUGCCACCAUUGCUUCAAUGCAGACUGAGAGAAAAGAUCUUCAUGAAGAUGCCAAGCAAUGUGUCUUGGCAAGGAAGCAACUGGAAACGGCGAGGAAAGUGAUAGCAGAAUUGCAGAAGAAGAUGAAUUAUUGUAAUGAGAGCAACAUGAAGGUGAAGGGAAGGCUGUUGAUUGUGGAAGAACAAGUUUCCAACCUGCCUAGGGAUAUAGAUGAAGGAAGCUCAGUUAGAGAUGCUAUAGUUGAGAAGAAGCUCCAAGGUGUGAGAGAUGUUGAGUUACAAAUUUUGAAGAUGAAGAGGAGAAACAAAGAGCUUGAGCUUGGAAAGAGAGAAUUAGCAGUCAAAUUGGUUUCUGCUCAAGAUAAAAUUACUGCCCUUUCCAACAUAACUGAGAGUGAAAGCAUUGCCAAGAUUGGAGAGGAGAUCAGCAAGUUGAGGCAUACUAAUGAAGACUUGUCGAGACAAGUCGAGAGGUUACAGAACAACAGAUUUGAUAUGGUCCAACAGCUUGUGUACCAGCGCUGGCUCCACACUUGUUUGAGACUUGAAAUUCAAUCCCACAAUAGCAGCAAGAUUUCAAAUCCCACCUAUGACAGUGCGUCCCCUCAGACAUCUACGACUACUCUGAGUGAUGAAAUGUUCGAGACAACUACCGUGGAGUUGGAUAGCUCAUCUUCAAGUAGCCAAAGAAGUAGCAGUACUGAUAAGAAAUCUGGUUUCAUGCAUAGUAUUAAAAGGUGGGGUAUUAGAAAAAGCAAGGAUGCAAGGUCCUCUGAUGGUAACUCCUUCAGCAAGAAAGGCCUAGUUCGCAGGUUUUCGACAUCAAUGGUUCCGGAGAAAGUUUCAAUAUUGAGAAACAAAGGUGACAAUGCAGUCAAAUCAAGAGGAAGGAGAGUCUCAUUUACUGAUUCAGUUGGAUCAACAGUUCAAUCCGAAUGUGUAUUCGAUGAUCUUAAGGAAAUAGGAGCUGAUGAGAGGUCUGACUGCAACUCAACAACUAAUUCACCUCAAAAUGGUAACAUUGAAAUCAAAGGAGAGACACACUAUGAGCCUGCAUCAUCACCUGAAGUGACUAUUUCUUGUACAACUCCACACACCAUCAAGGAAAAAAGCAGCAUUACUCAAGUAAACAAGACUGAAAUAGCUAUGUCUUCCUUUGGUAAUCAGGAAAACAAGGUUGACACCAAUGUUGUAGGACUUGUUGCUGCUUUGUUUUUCAUUCUCUUCGUCUUAGUUGCCUGUUCUACAUUUUAUUCAGCUAGACCCCUGUGAGGUUAACACCAAAAUUACCAACUCUGUCUUGUUUAUCAUUUAUGCAUUGUGCAGUUCAUCAUUA